AUGGCUCACUCGAACGUCUGGAACUCUCGUCCCCGUCAAUAUGGCAAGGGCUCUCGCCAGUGCCGCGUCUGCGCUCACACUGCUGCCUUGAUCCGCAAGUACAACUUGAACAUUUGCCGUCAAUGCUUCCGUGAAUAUGCCAACGACAUUGGUUUCCACAAGGUACAGUUGUCUACCACAUCAAGUGAUGGAAAAUGGAUUGCUUUUGUAUAG